UACAUCGCUUUCUUGUCGAACAUAAAACAAUCGCCGUUACAUGCAUCAUACAUAUCGCAAUACCUAAAGAAAUUCAAAAUUGCGGGUUGUAUCAACAAGCAACUACCAUUUAUUUACAAUAAUGUGUGAAUUGUAAGCGCUCCCCAAACUUAAAUCCCACCUCUCUCUCUUUAAAUUUGAGUACUCGUAUCGUACCUUGUAUCAGUGAUUUGUUUAUAUCAUUGUUGAUUUCACUGGUUUGACGAUUGGAGACUUGACAGGCGUGAUGUCACGUUUAGUUUCGCUUUUUGUGUGCAUAUUCGCGGGAAUUUUAUUGGUAGAUUCGCAGUUUAAUGUUGAAAUUCAAGAACCGAAAUUAACCUCAUUUCUAAAUAGGAUAACAAAUACUACAUUUGAUUUGAUAAGAAGUGGUAUAAAUGUUUUUGGAAAUACUAUAGAAACAAUAAUAACAACUUUCUCAAAAAUAGAGGAUCGACUGAGUGCCUUAGUGGAAUUAAUUAGAAGUCAACUAAUAAAAGGCGUGCCUGAAUUGAGCAUUCCGGUAUUGGAUCCACUGCAUGUGAACAAAAUUGAAUUUGACGUUAGACAUGAGGCAGCUCUAUUGAAGGGAAAUGCCAAAAAUAUCACUAUAAAACAUAUUUCGAAAUUUGUGGUUACCAAAGAGAAACUGACCGAUCUGGGUAAACUACGUUUCAGACUAGAUAUUAAUUUAACUUUCCCAUUUAUCAGAGCAAAUGGAACUUAUCAAGUAAAUGGUCUUAUCGGCCAAACAUUUAGGAUCUUCGGAAAUGGUCCAUUUAAAUUGAACAUCAUAGAUUUAAGAAUUGCCACAUCGACAAUAUUAAAAUUCACCUUACCAGGUCAAUUACAAGUUGAAAAUAUAAGUAUCUUACCCAGACUGAGGAAGCUAGAGAAUAACUUCGAAAACAUGAUGAAUGAUCCUGAUACUGGAGCUCUUAUCAAUAAGGCUAUAUCAAGAUUAGCACCAGAAGCAUUGAAGAUUUUCUGGCCAGAACUGAAGAGACCUAUAGAACUGGAAUUCAUUAAGUAUAUUAACAACCUUUUGGACAACGCUUCAGUGGUGAACAUUGCGAAGAGGAUUUUCAACAUCACCUAAAUUUUCAUAUAACAGAAUCAUUAAAAUAACAACAAAUUAGUUACCAUAGAAUCGAAAUUAUACACAUAAUUAGUUGUUUAUAUUGGAAAGGUAGGGUAGGGCGGAGCAUUAUGAAUACUGACUCUUAUUUAUUCAAUUUUAAUUUUUCCAAAUACAUAAAAGUAUGUUAGUACCCAAUUUAUAUAAAUUAAAAAGGACUAGUGGUUUUUGAGUUCUAUGAGGAGAAAAAGACUAACAUGAAUUAAAAGCAAAUUCCAAUUCCAUACAAGAAAUAAACAGAAAUUAAAAUAAGAUACAGGCACAUAUUCAUUAUUGAGGAAAUUGACUGCUCAAACUCAGUAAUUAGAGAUAAAGCCAUAUGAAAUGUUGAUGGUUUCGAUAGUGACUAACUGAAUAAUAACAUACGAUCAUAAGUGAUGUCGAAGGUAAAAUAGAAGAUAUCACCAGUCGCUAAUAUUGUAUUCGAUAAUAGUAACUGAUUGUAAUUGCAAAGGCACAAAAUGAACUGUUAAUUAUUAUCAUGAUUUGGUUUGUCUGACAAAAAAGUGAAGUGAAAAGAAAACCAAAAAAUGUCUAGGGUUUAAUAUUUGAAAUAGUUUCGCCCUACCUUAAUUAACAAAAAACGUAUGUUAAUUCAUUCGACUUAAAAACUAGUGUGAAAUGAUAUUUGGCCUCCAAAUAAUUAUACACAGUUACCAUCAGUUACCACAGUAUCUUAUUAUAAUUGGAUUUUCAAGAAACAACUUUGAAGUUUAAAUUGAGGACAAUCAUAGUAGUAGAUUUUGUAAGAAAAUGCAGGACCAUUUUGUGCUUUAUUAAAAAGUUUGAAGGCAAUUUAUUCAAUUAAAUAUCUUUUAUUAGGUCGUUUCUGUUUAAUUAUAUGCAGAAUAUACAUGCCAAUUAGAUAAUAUAUUCAGUGAUCUUCAAUUUUCGAUUAGAGAAGAAUCAUCUGUUUAAGUUUUCAUUAUUCAAAAUAUAUUUUAAUAGAUUUUCUAAUCGAUUGCGUUAAGUACCAUUCGAACAAUUAGAUAUUAGGAAUAACAUUUUUCAUUUCAGUCGAUUUUUUAUUAAACAAAGUGGUCCAUACUAAUCUACAUUAAGUGAUAGAGCUAAAACUGAAUAAUAACAGAAGUACAAUCCUCUGAAGGAUAUACCAUUAUAUAAAUUAUCAGGAUAAUCAACUUUACAUCACUACUCAGCCCAUCCCGUAUAAAUAUAAGAUAGUUUUGAACAGUAUGUGUCAGUCAUUUUCGAUUACAAUGAAAAAAAAAUACUUUAUAUUUCAAAUACAUCGGAAACAGAUAUAACUAUAUAACUGUCUAAAUAAUUUGGCAGUUACGAAGUCUUGAAUUCUCUCUUUUUAAAGGGUUGUAUUUUCGUUACUAUUUAUUUUUAGAGAAAAAGAUAUAUAACUAAGUACGUCAAGAAAUUACUGUACAGAAUUUAGAAUAUAGUUUUGGAACGUCAAUUGAUUGAUAAAAAAAUGUUAAUUUUUAAAAAUAUAUUGAUAUAAUUUUUAUUUACAAUCAUAUAUGCAAUGUUGUCAUUACUAUAAACGCUCUCAGAAAUAUUUACAAAUUACUUUCCUGUUGAAUGAGUACUUGUAACAGCUUCAGUAGACAUGGCACAUUGGACAGCAUAUAGGCAGUUUUAGUUUUGUUCUUCAUUGAGCUAUCUACAUAACCGUCUGCCACAGUACUAGAUUUACAUCCUCUCAACUUUUUUAAUUGGAGUAUAUUUGCACAGCUGUUGGCAAGUAACGUAGCGGUGGUUCUUCUUAGAUCAUGGCCUGUAAAGCCUUUUGAGUCCUCUAAAUUCAACAAAAGUAAAAAUUUUUGGAAAAUGCCCAAUUGUUUGAUUUUAUACUAUUUCUCCUCUAAGCUGAACAAAAAAUCUAUUGAUUUCUAUUUUUUUUUCUGAAAUUCAUGUAGUCUCGAAAUAUCUUCACCCAUACUGUAUCAGUAAUGAAAAAUUAUCUACUUGUAUGUGCUUUGGAAUCUGGAAUUUUAACCGAAAUUUUUUGUUUCAAAAAAAAAACAACAUCGAAAAUUUUCCUUUUCACUAAUUCUUCCUUCCGACAAGCUCCAGAUACGCCUAUUAUUAAUGCGACCUAAAUUAAUAAUAAAAGCAUAAUAUCAUAACAACUGUACACUUGUAUAAGCUCAAACACGAUUUAAAAAAAUACUUAUUUAAAGAUCAUAAAUAUAUUACCUUUAUCGGUAGAAAUUCAUUUAGAGCUUUGUUUAAAAAAUCCUCUUUAUUUUUGCUGGAAAAUACGUUCGAUUUCUUGGGCCUGAAGCCCACAUUUUGUCGUUUUACGAAGACCAACAGUUUCCCAUGUUUCGAAAUAUCAGUUUUUUCUUCAAUUGCCCACAAAGAGGGCGACUUCUUUUCUUUUGGCUGGUUUGUUCUCCAAAAUAUGCUAACAGUACACUUUCGGAACUGGUAUUCUUCACUUUUUUUUCUUCCCAUCACUUCUUAUAUAAUUCAAUAGCUUUUAGGUAGCGAUGGUUACUUUUUUCUGGCACCAACCCGUGUGGUGCUGCAUCAGCAACCUGUCGUAUUUCUGGAGGGGUACAAUCCAUCAAUUCUUCAUCGAAGGAUAUUUUCUUAAUUUAUUUUUGCGAACUUAAUAUCCAUCUUUAUCUAAUAUUUAUUUAUAUUGGUGACAGUUGUUUACCAGCAACAGUAACAAUAUACCUAGGUACCUGCUUAAUUAUUCUAAGGAAGAUGUUGGUAAUUUUUUGUUAAAUGUAACAUUUUAGGUAUGUUCAGAUCGAAACAACAACUAUAUCUAAUCUCUCGACAGUAAUGAAGUUCUGAUUUACUAUUUUCAAGUGUGCAAAUUUUCAAAAUUCUAAAAUUGUAAACUAAACUUAUUGUUGCUAGUUAUAUAAUAUAUUGUAUAUUGGGUGAAUAUUUUAAAUUAUUGGUAAUGUGCGUUGGUUACUGAAUUUAAAAACAAUUUCAAAAAACAUGCACAUUAGUCAUUUACUGUGAUAAAAAUAAUUUUAUGAUAAUGUAAAAAAAGUACUUAUAUUUUAUGUUUCAAAAAUAAAUUGGAAGGGAUUGUUAAAAAAAAUUAUAAUUUACUUUUAAUGAUAAA